AUGCCGGCCAGCAGACAUCAGCAGCAGCAGCAGCAGCAGCAAGUGGUGACCUCGGCGGUCAAGGAGAAGCAGCGGCUGUGUACCAACUGCAAGAACCACGAUCUGCGCAAGGUGUGGAAGAAGCACAAGCGGUAUUGCAAGUUCCGAGACUGCACGUGCGCCAAGUGCACCAAGACGGCGGCCACGCGCAAAAAUUGCGCGGAGCAGACGGCCAAGCGCCGGGCUCGGCAGGAAGAUGAACAGCGCGAACAAGAGCUGCAGCUAAACCCCUCCAACUUCAAGGACGAGCGGGCCGUGCCGUACAACCCGGUACCGUCGACCGUGACCUCGGUGCCGCCGUUCCGCACGCCCUGCAUCCUGGUCAGCGGUGGCGGCGGCUCCGUCCUCGGUGGCUCGGUCCUCGGCGGUGGUUCACCAAUGAGCGUCAUCAAGGAAUCGCCGUUGCAGACGUCCUCGGACUACGACGAUACGUCGUCCCUGGACCCCGGCGGUGGCAGCAGCACGUUCGCCGCGAACGACAGGGACGGAGCGAGCAGCGGGCACACCGGCGGUGGCAUAGGAUCGCUCCAAUGCGUAGACAUCGACGCAGGUAGGCAACGAUAG